AGGACAGUGAGCUUCCUGAGAUAUGAAGUGAGCGAGGGACGGUUGUGCAUUCAAGCCGCCAAUUUGGCCGUGCUGGAUAAGCUGGGAACACCGAAGGACAAGUCAGCCCUCAGAGCCUUGCUUGGCUUCGUGAACUACUGUCACAAAUUCGUACCGAAAUUCAGCCAUUGGGCAAGCACACUGCAUCAGCUCUUGCGAGAAGGUCAACAGUAGCAAUGGGGAGCCGAGGAGGAGGCAGCCAGGAGAGAUUUGCUGGAAGCGGUGAAGGCAGGCACACUGCUGCAGAUCCCGCAGAAGGGCGCACCCUUUGUUCUGUACACUGACUGGAGCCGCUUGGGACUGGGGGCAGUGCUAUGCCAGAACAUUCAGGGAGAGGAGCGGGUAGUGGCCUACGCAAGACGGAGCUGCAGCGCCACAGAGGCAAACUACAGCUCCUAUGAAGGGAAAGGCUUGGCCGCUAUCUGGGGAGUGACCCAUUCCCGAGUCUACUUGCAGAGAGGCCACUUCACUCUGAUCACCGACCACCAGCCACUGCAGUGGCUGAUGAAGAACCAACUGCUGACAGGACGGAACGCCCGCUGGGCUAUGAGGCUACAGGAGCAUGACUUUGAAAUCCAGCAUUGGCCUGGAAAAACGCUGCAGCAACCCGCCCCCACUGCUGAAGCCGCAGCUGGCAACAAUGGCAUAGGCAGGGGCUACCACAAGCAAGAGCCUGGCGCAAGAAAGGAGGGAAGAAGACAUCUAGCAGGACGAGGAAGCAAUGCUGUGGCUACAAGGGGAACAGAUCUGUGACAAGGAGGUCUUGCCAAGAGCAAGGGUGAGGGGGGAGCACUACCUCUGGCAGGCAGAGCAGUUGCAGAUGAGAACCAUGGAAGGUUGGAAGGUGGUGCCUGAACCAGGCAAGAGGGAGGGCAUUUUAGAUCGGGUGCAUUGGCAGCUCGGGCAUUACGGGGGAGCACGCACCAGGCAGCUGCUAAGCACAACAUACUGGUGGGCCGGGAUGCAGAGGGAUGUGGCAGCGUGGGUGGCGGCAUGUCAGCCAUGCCAGAGGAACAAAGCAAGUCUGGAGAUAUGCAGAGAGGAAUUGCAGUCACUGCCUAUCAGGGGGUUGGGACACCGGUGGUCGCUGGACCUGGCGGGGGAACUGCCCUUGUUGCGAAAGGGGAAGCAAUACAUCGUGGUCAUGAUCGAGAAUACAAGCAAGUGGGUGGAAGCCACGGCACUCGCCAGCAAGAGCAGUGCUCAUAUCAGUGAAGCAUUUGUGGAGCAGGUGUUGAGUUGAUUUGGGGCAUGCGGAGAAGUGUUGACCGAUCAAGCGAUGGAGUUCCAAGGGGCUUUUGAAGAGCUACUCAAGCGGAUCGGCAUCACGCACAGGUUGACAUCCAGGUACCACCUGCAGUCAGAUGGGCUGGCAGAGAGGCUGAUUCAAACCUUGAAAUGGGGGCUGCGGGCCUACAGUGAGCAGCACAAGAGGGACUGGGAUCAAGAACUGCCAUAGGUGCUGGCCAGUUACAGGUUUGCGCAGCAGGUAGCACUGAAGGAUCUGUCGCCAUACUAUCUGCUCUACGGCCGUGACCCUGUGCUACCCGUAGACGCGCCGAAGCUGUUAUCGGCGGUGGUGACUGCAAGAACGCCUGAGAACUGGGCGGCCAUCGCCGACCGCCGAGCGGCAUACCUGAGGGAACUCAUGCCGGCGGCGCUGGAAAACCUGCAAGUGGCCCAGCUGUGCGACGCACGUCGAUAUGAGCAGUGGAAGAGAGGGCCAGACGCCCCUCAAAAGAGGAGGGUGACCGAGGGGGGAGAGUUGUUCUUGCGGCGGGCCAAGGGCGAUACGCUGGACAUGGCAGUGGGACCAGAGCGCUGGAAGGUGAAGGAGUUGCGCCCUUCGGGAGUCCUAGGGCUUGAGGGUGCAGAGGGUGUGCUGACACGGGAGCACAUUACCAAUGUGGCAGCGGUGGGUACAGCAGCAGUGCAAGGGCAAGCUGGAGGUCCCGUGACGCACGCAGCAGCAGCUCGUGCUCGGGCACGGGAGGGGGCAGAGUAGCUUGCUGCCGAUGGGUUACCUGUCAGGCUGGGCAGCAGCCAGAAGAGCAAACAAAGAGAGAGUGAGCUCAGGGCAAGCCAGGAGAAGCAGAAAUGAGGUGAUGGUGAGAUGAGCGAGGAGGGUGGAAGGGAAUCACAACAGCUGUCGCGCUAGCAAGCAGAAUUCACUGUAGUGGCUAGCACAGCAGCUAAGGGACUGGAGGUGUGUCGUGGAGAGAAUGAUAACGAAUGGUAAAGGACAGUGUACUAGUGUAGCAGGUUGAGCAAUAUCGUAUGCAGGCAAGUUGGUGGGAGCAGUUCGAGGUGGGACCAGUGGAUCGUCAUCUGAGGACAAGAUGCGUCAUGAGGGGAUCAGCCCAGCGGGCUCGGGGGCAAGUUACCCCUCCCUCGGGCUUUUCUGCAUGUUCCACGUGGAUCGUAUAGGAUGGUUCGGGUAGGUGGGAGGCAAGCCCAGAGUUCAGGAGAUGGGAUAUAAAUAGUUUGUACUCUACGUACUCUCUUGCUUUUUACUUGUUUGCUUCUAUCAUAGUGCAAUUGUUCCAUGCU